UGCGCUAACCCUUAGCAUUUUAGUUUAUGUUGGUAAGCUGAGAAGAAGGCAGGCGGAGAUAACUGUCGCUUUUAAAGGGGUUCGGGUUAGUUUUAAGAACCAGAAGACGGGGGACAGGGCGGAUAUCGUCGCUGAGGACCCGGACGCGCAUGUCAUUUCUCCCAAACUGGCUUUUUUUAAUCUUCAGACGUGCUGUGGAACAAGCAACAAGCAGUGAUCAGGCUGAAUGGCUGAGGGCUCCUCAGACCCACCCGACCUCAAUCCAGAUGGGACGCCACAUCAGCACAAACCCAGAAGAGGUCGAACCAGACACAACAAUGACAGACACCUGAGUAACAACAGUUAUGAGCCAUCUCAUCAGUAUGGACACUUUAAUGAGGGCAGUAAUCCCCCUUUUAGCCAUAAUUCCAAUUAUGCCGAUCAUCAUCGUCCUCCAUACAAAGAGGAAGAUGAGGGCAGAAGGCGAGGCAGAGGAAGAGGAAGGAGAGAGGGGAACAGAGGAGGUUCAGGGCCCUGGCGGCAAAGACCUGGAGGUGAAUUUGUCCCAUAUGGUAACAGCAACAGAUAUAUGAGUGGCUUCCAUACUUUUGCACAUCCCACGGGUGGCGCUGAUGCACCAAACUGGCGACGAGAAAGUGCAAGCAGGGAUGUGGAACAAACUAAUGAAGACCAAGAUGCCCAGGCUAAAAAACCAAGGAAGUUUAGUCAGGAGCAGAGAAAGGGAGAACAGAAUGACAGUUUGAAGGAGAAAAACACCACAGUGGAGGAUCAGAGGAAGAGACAAGACUCAGAGUCCCAACAUGACAAUAAUCAGAGGAAGCACACUGAGGCAAAGCGACGUCAAGGACCAAUCAAACCACCCAAACCACCAUUUCAAGAGGAGGCUGGGUCAGAGAAGGGAGCCAGUGGCCAAGAGGACUCUGACAAGGGGCGAGUAUCACAGGAUCCUGCAGGCAAAGGUGGAAGAGGCUCUGGAAGAAACGCCCCACUUCAGGCCAGAGGGGGGAGAAGAACAAACCAGCAAAACUACAAACCUGGUCAGAGGAGCUGGAACAAAGUGCCCAAGAGCAAAGAGACGCAGACAGGGUGUCUGAUUGAACAGCUGUCAGAGGAAAAGUACGAGUGCAUGGUGUGCUGUGACGUGAUCCGGGUCAUGGCCCCGGUGUGGAGCUGCCAGAGCUGCUUCCACGUCUUCCACCUCAACUGCAUCAAGAAAUGGGCUCGAUCGCCGGCCUCACAGGCAGAUGAUUCAGCUGAAGGUUGGCGUUGUCCAGCCUGCCAGAAUGUUUCAUUGAAACACCCGACCUCCUACACGUGCUUCUGUGGUAAAGUGACAAAUCCUGAGUGGCAACGCACUGAGAUUCCCCACAGCUGUGGUGACAUGUGUGGGAAGAAGAGGAGUGGAGUGGACUGCAACCACCCCUGUAAUAUCUUGUGUCACCCUGGACCUUGUCCUCAGUGUCCUGCCUUUGUAACGAAAUCCUGCAUCUGUGGGAAGAUGAGUCAACCAGUGCGCUGCGGUCAGGCCACGGUGCUCCAGUGCGACAAAGUGUGUGGUGCUUUACUCAACUGUGCUGAACACACCUGUGUGCAGGUGUGCCACAGUGGGACCUGUCAGCCCUGCCAGCUGCAAGUUCAGCAGGUUUGCUACUGUGGUGUGACCACUCGGGAAGUCCCGUGUGGCACCGAUAAAGAAGGAUUUGAUGGUUCGGGACACUUCUCCUGUGAAAAAAUAUGUGGGAAGAUGUUGAACUGUGAAGCUCACCGGUGUCAGCAGGUAUGCCACCGCGGCCCGUGCAGGCCUUGCCCACGCUCACCAAGCCUGGUGAAGAUGUGUCCCUGUGGUCAGACGCAGCUCACCAAACUCCUGGAGCUGGGCUAUUCUGAGCGACACAGCUGCUCCGAUCCCAUCCCUUCCUGCUCGAAGACAUGCAACAAACCCCUGGCCUGCGGCUCGAGCGACACCAUCCAUCUGUGUGAUAAGCUGUGCCACGAGGGCAACUGUGGGCCCUGCUCUCUGACCUCAACUAUCAGGUGCAGAUGUGGCUCCAAGACUAAGGAGGUCCCUUGUGAGCAAAUCCAAAAAGAAGAGGAGCUCAUCUUCACUUGUGAGAAGCGCUGCAGCAAAAAACGCUCCUGCGGCCGACACAAGUGUGGCGAGCUUUGUUGUGUGAGCGCGGAGCACAAGUGCUCCCUGAUCUGCGGCUACAAGCUCAACUGUGGCCUCCACCGCUGCCAGGAGCCUUGUCACCGUGGAAACUGUGAACCCUGCUGGCAGUCCAGUUUUGAUGAGCUGACGUGUCACUGCGGGCUCACGGUGUUGUACCCACCCAUCCCCUGUGGAACGAAGCCGCCUGAGUGCAAAAACAUGUGCACGAGAAGACACGAGUGUGACCACCCAGUGUUUCACAACUGCCACAGUGAUGAGAAGUGUCCUCCCUGCACUUACCUCACGCAGAAAUGGUGCAUGGGAAAGCACGAGCAACGCAGCAACAUCCCAUGUCAUCUCCACGACAUUUCUUGUGGCCUGAUGUGCAAUAAAAUGCUGCCCUGCGAAAUGCACCGCUGCAGACGCAUCUGCCACCGGGGAGAGUGCCUGCCAGAAGGCGGCUGCCAGCAGCCCUGCACGCUGCCUCGUCCAGACUGCGGCCACCCGUGCUCUGCUCCCUGUCAUAAAGGCAGCAGCUGCCCACGCACCACCUGCACUGCCAAGGUAGCGGUCCAAUGUGACUGUGGUCGUAGAAAGGAAACCGUGGCCUGCACAGAAGCAGCCACUUCAUACCAAAGGUAUGCAGCCAUCGCCAUGGCCAGCAAGCUCUCUGAUAUGCAGCUUGGCGAGUCCAUGGAUAUCGGCCCUCUCCUCACUAAGAAGGAGCCAAAACAGACGAGGCUCGAAUGUGAUCAAGAGUGUGCCACUUUGGAGAGGAACAGGCGUUUGGCAGAGGCAUUACAGAUAGACUCGUCUUCUGACCCCUUCAACAUUCGCUCAACCUCUGUGUACAGCGACAGCCUCAAAGAGGACGCCAGAAAAGACCUGAAAUUUGUCGCAGAGGUAGAAGAGGAGAUCAGGAGUCUUGUAGAGGUUGCUAAUAAGGGAAAGCAGCCAAAGCGGAGCCACUGUUUCCCGCCGAUGAACCGAGAACAUCGGAAGAUCAUCCACGAGCUGGCCGAGGUCUACGGCGUGGAGAGCGUGAGCUACGACAGCGAGCCCAAACGCAACGUAGUCAUCACGGCCCACAAGGGGAAGUCGGCUUGCCCGAACUCAACCCUGACUUCAGUGAUAGAGCGAGAGACGGCUGCACGGGCUCCUCCUCCCAUCGCUCAUAUCAAACAGCACAGCAGCAAGCCUGCUGGUGGGAGCACCUGGUCGAAGACGGUUAAAGAAGAGCCUGUGAUCGAUUAUUUUGAUGUCCAGGACUGAGACAAAAGAGGAAUCUUGACCUGCUUGGAAGUUGGAGUCCUCUCCUACAAAAAAAGCCCAAAACCUUUUUUAUUUGCGUUUAUCUGAGAUCAAUAAUAAUAAUUCCUCUGGCUUCUUGUCCCCCCCUCAAAAAAAAAAAAAAAAGAAUUUGGAAAUAUUUCAAAGCUGUGAUGGUCUCUGGGGAACUCUCACACUUGUAUGUGAGAGGAUGAAUUGAGCCCAUGAAUUUUGACAUUAAAGUCCAUGAAGACUUUCACCA